AUAUUUUCACGAAUAUUCCAACAUUAAAAACCAAUCACUUUUUAUUAUCUUUCCUUAAUCUCCACAACUGUUUUCAUUUUUAUUGUCACAGUAACAUCCUACGACUUUUGUUUUUUUUUUCCAUACAUAUGAUUAUGUUUUCCUCUCCCUGAAACACACCAACCAACCAAGCCAUGGAUCCAAACUUCCAAACCACCUUCAAAUUCGACGACAAUGGUAACUUACUCUUUCUCGAUGAUUUCACCACCACUGAUUCUUAUUUCUAUCUACCUCAUGUUCCUCCACCUGAUUUUCCUCCGAGUUGUUCUAACUCGGAGCCACUCGUUUCACCCACCACUGAUCCUUCCGUUGAAGACACUGAUUUUUCAGAAACAGUGAAAUACAUAAGCCAGAUUCUUAUGGAAGAGGAUUUUCAACAGAAACCCUGCAUGUGUUAUGACCCUCUUAGUCUCCAACAUACUGAGAAAAUUUUCUUUGAUGCUUUGGAAUCAAAACUGCCUCUGCCUCUUUCACCUAAUCAACACCCUCUUGAUUCUGGUAACAGUUCUGGUUCUAAUGAGUUGAAGCCUCUUUCUAGUCCUGAUACACCGGUUUCAGGUGAUUCUGGUUUUAAUUCAGUUUCUUAUGUGAAGUCUCAAUUUAUUGGUUUGAAUAGUGAUAGUAGUAAUAAUAAUAUUAGUGAUGGUGUUUUGGAUUUGGAUUCUUCUGAGACUAAGCUUUUGGCUCAGAAUAUUUUUAGUGAUGCUGAUUCUAUGUUGCAGUUUAGAAAAGGGUUGGAGGAAGCUAGUAAGUUUCUUCCUCAAAAGCCUCAGCUUUUUACUGGUUUUGAUACUGCUAAGACUAGUUUAGUGUCUCAAGAGGCUGAGGGGGGAGUGGGAGGUAUAAAGAUGGAGGAUAGUGUUAGGGAGAAUUCAAAUUCAAAUUCGAAUUUGAAUUCGAAUCCGAGUUAUUCGGUUUUGAGUAAUUCGAGUUCGUAUGGUUUGUUGAAGAGUAGGAAGAAUCACGAGCGUCAAGGUAGUGAAGAUGAAGAAGGGAGAAGUAACAAACAAUCAGCGGUUCGCGUUGAGGAAACUGAAAUAUCUGAGAUGUUUGAUAGGGUUUUGCUUAGUGUUGAAAAUGUGCCGCUGUGUGCUGAACAGAAGGAUGGAUCAGUGAUGGAGAGUAGCGCAGAGGUUUGUGAGCUUGAUGGAGGGAAGGCGCGAUCGAAGAAACAAGGGAAGAAAAAGGAAGCUGUGGAUUUGAGGACUCUUUUGGUUCUUUGUGCACAAGCUGUGUCUGGUAAUGAUAACCGGACUGCUAACGAAUUGUUUAAGCAGAUUCGGCAGCAUUCUUCUCCUUCGGGUGAUGCUUGUCAGAGGUUGGCUCAUUACUUUGCGAAUGCGAUUGAAGCACGCAUGGUUGGUGCCGGUACUGGUACAAAGAUAUUAUAUAUGAGCCAGAAGAUGAUUAACGCUGCUGAUUACUUGAAAGCAUACCAAGUUUUUAUAUCUGUUUGCCCUUUUAAAAAAUUUGCGCAUUUCUUUGCAAAUAAAAUGAUACUGAAAACGGCUGAAAAGGCGGAAACACUUCACAUUAUUGAUUUCGGUAUCUUAUAUGGUUUCCAAUGGCCAAUUCUCAUCAAGUUUCUGUCAGAAAGAGAUGGUGGACCUCCCAAGCUUCGUAUCACCGGAAUAGAGUAUCCUCAAGCUGGCUUUCGACCGGCUGAGAGAAUUGAGGAAACUGGACGGCGUUUAGCUAACUAUUGUCAGCGUUUCAAUGUUUCCUUUGAAUACAAGGCCGUACCAUCGCGAAACUGGGAAACCAUUCAAGUUCAAGACCUUAAUAUUAAGAGCGAUGAGGUAGUUGCUGUGAAUUGUCUGGUAAGGUUUAAGAAUUUACAUGACGAGACAAUUGAAGUGAACAGUCCUAAAGACGCGGUUCUGAAGUUAAUCAGGAAGAUAAACCCGAGUAUAUUUGUUCAAUCUAUAGUAAAUGGAUCUUACAAUGCCCCUUUCUUUGCCACGCGCUUCAAGGAGUCACUUUUCCAUUAUUCUGCAAUGUAUGAUAUGUUUGACACUCUCAUACCCCGUAAAAACGAAUGGAGGCUGACGAUCGAGAAAGAGCUUUUGGGUCGGGAGAUUAUGAAUGUUGUAGCGUGUGAAGGUUUGGAGAGGGUUGAGAGGCCCGAGUCAUAUAAACAGUGGCAAGUCAGGAAUCUACGGGCCGGUUUUAGGCAGCUCCCACUUGAUAAGGAGAUAAUGGUCAAAUUUAGAGGUAAGCUAAGAGAAUGGUACCAUAAAGAUUUUGUCUUUGAUGAAGAUAACAACUGGAUGCUUCAAGGUUGGAAAGGCCGCAUUUUAUAUGCAUCGACUUGUUGGGUGCCUGCAUAAUGAUAUGAUACCGAACUCUUAGAAACUUGUUUGAGAACUCAUAUUGGUUUGAAGGUUCAGAUAUGCUUGCUAUGCCUUAUUUGCUUAACCUUCAGGUGUGUGAUGGACAUUUUUCCAAGAUUUGCGCCAACUCUGUAUAAUUAUGGCAGAAGUUCUUCCCAGGUUCGCACCGAAUUUCACACUUACAAGGAGAGCCUGACAGAGUAGUAGCAGUGUCUGUUCAGAGUGUUAGAAAUUUAGCAUACCUUCCCAAAUAUUAGCAAUUAAAAUUUUUUUAAUUGUUUUUUUCAGUCUGUGACCAACAUCUGUAUAAACAAGUUGGUGAAAAAAGGUUUUGUAGGAUUUUUUUUAUGUAAUGAACAUCCUUUUAACUUUAA